UAGAGGGCAAAAGGGAAAUAAACACACACACAUACAGGAAGUGACAUAGCCACCAACGACGCUUCACCUCCUAGGAUCCCUCCUCAUCUCCUCGCUGUUUCGCUCGGCGGCCAUGUCUAAAAACACGGUGAAGAAGCUGCACUGGCGCUCCAAGGUGCAGGAGGGCUUCGUGCCGCUGGGCGGAAGCUCGGGCGAGCUGGGGCUGGCUAUUGGGGGCGGGGCCGACUACGGCGAGUUUCCCUUCGUGACGGUGGCUCCCGGGGGCGGCGCCACUGUGGCCGACAUCAUCCUGGAGAUCGGCGGCACGCCCGUGUUGGGGAUGACGCUGGGCGACGUGCGAGGGGUCCUCAACUCCUGUCCUCAUCCAAUCAGGAUCAAGAGCGUCUCACCAGGUGCGUCGCUGUGCAAAGAUCUUCGCCUGUACCUCAGUAAGUGUUUCACUCCGUCCUCCAUGGACAGUCAGCUGCAGCAGCUCAUACGGGAGAACCUCUACCUGCGCGCCGUGCCCUGUACGACCCGGCAGCCUCGCGAGGGUGAGAUCAGCGGUGUGGACUACAACUUUGUAUCCAUCGAGGAGUUCUUCUCUUUGGAGGAGUCGGGCGCGCUGCUGGAGAGUGGAAAGUUUAAAGGCAACUACUACGGGACGCCCCGCCCUGUCCACAUAGGUCCCGACAGUCCACCAAUCACGUAUCAGGAACAUCGAAACCUGCUUAGGAACUUCAGGACCAGAAGCAAAUCCCUCAGCAACCUGGAAAAAACCGUAGAAGAAGACAACAGCGAGGAAGACAGCGGCCUGUCCGGAGGGUCGGCCGGGGCCCCGCCCACCACGCUGCCUCUCAGCCAAUCAUGGGAGACGACAGGGGUGAUGGAGAAUGGAGGACGGCGAGGAAGAGCGCCUACGACCAACACGUGGGACAUGGCCUACGGCGACGGCGGGAACACCUUCUACCUCAAUCACAUGUCAAAGAGCAGCAGACAGGAUGUUGGGGCUCAAAUCAAGGAGACAACUUCCUGCUCAGAGCUUCCAGAGUUUACGGAUGAGCCGAGUCAGCUGAGAGGCUUUUCCGUGCACACGCGUCUCUCCAAGGGCCCGCGAGGCUUUGGCUUCAACAUUGUGGGGGGAAGUCGAGCGCACGAGUUCCUGCAGGUCUACAGCGUCACGCCCGGAGGCCCGCCCAGUCUCAACCAAGCCGACAUACUGGUGUACAUCAACGACACCUGCGUCUUGGGUCGCUCGCACAAGGAGGUGGUGGAGAUGCUCAAGUCGGUCCCGAUGGGUCAGAGCGUGGAUGUGGUUCUGAGGCGAGGAUACCCGAUGCUCUACAACCCGGACGGCUGCCCCAAACACAACCUGGACAUGCCGCAGACUCCUCCCCCCAAGCAAAAGCGCGGGCCACUGAUCUACAGCCACGUGGAGGACGCCGGAAGCUGUGGCUCAGGACUCCCCCAAGUCCCGCCUUCCUAUUCAACCCAGCCAAUGACCAAUGGGCUGACAAGCCCGCCCACUCCCACUUCCUCUGAAACCCCUGUGGCUCCUCCUACUCCCGCAGAGAGGAUGUCGGCCAAUCACAGCGACUCUGGCAGUAGCACCCGAAGGUCUUCUGUGAUUGGCUACAACAGCAGCACCCUUCCCACCCUCUCCUCCUCCUUCCUCCAGCGUCAGAGCUCCAAGUCUUCAGAGAGCGACUUGUCCACGUCCACCCUCCCAAUCACAUCUACAUCCUCCCACGCGCUCUCCAAUAUCACUCAGCCAGAGACUCCGCCUCCCGGUGGCCCCGCCUCGCGGCCCCUGAUGCCGCAGACAUGCCUUCCCCCCACUACGCCUCAGGAAAUCCCAUCCUGCGGUUUCAACGGGUGCCCAGCCAACCACCAAGUGCCGCCGCAGGCCCCCCGUGGUACCCCCUUUGCUGCAGGGUCGCCUCCCGCUGGCGAGCUGGUGCCCGUGGCGCUGGGACGCUGCAAUGGCGGGGGUCUGGGUUUCAGCAUCACGGCGGGCGGGCCGGGGGGUCAGCUGGCUGUGGUGAGACGGGUCUGGGACCGCAGGCAGUGCCCCUCGCUACAGGCCGGGGACGCGGUGGUCAAGAUCAACGGUGCCGACGUGCAAAACCUCAGUUUCUCCCAGGUCCAGAAGGUUCUGCAGGAACACUCCAAACAGGGGGACAUGGUUCUGCUGGUACACAGACGAGCUCCUGUGGUCACACCCAACUUGUAUAAACCCCUCCCCUCGCCACAUGGCCUCACCAGCCCCAAAAUCCCACCCUCAACUUCUGCCGAUUUGCCUUCUCCUUCUUCCGGGGCCUUGGUGGGGGGCGUACCCCCCCUCAGCCAGGCAGGCUUGGCCAUGGAGGACCCCCAGGAAGGGCACCUCCCAGCUGCAGGGGCGCUACCUACUCAGACCUCCAACGGCCCCCCCGUCUCAGGCCUCAUCCAAAGCACCAGCUUCCUGGACUCUGUACCCGUCACCCUGACCCUUGAGCCACGCGACCUGCAGGGGGCGGAGGAGAGUGCGGCGGGGCCCGUCAGAGGGGCGGCCUCCGCCAAGGACACCAGGGUUGGGAGGGCAGUGGAGGUGGAGCUUAGGCGGCGGCCCGGCGAAGGCUUUGGAUUUGUCAUCGCCUCCCAGGAAAUCAACCGGGGCGCGCCUCAAGCCUCAAUGAUGUCGCACCGCUUCGUGACGGUGAGACGCGGCAGUCCGGCCGCACGCAGCGGACUCAUCCAGCCGGGAGACCAGCUGGAUGCGGUGGAGGGCCGCGCGGUGACGGGUCUCCAGCACAGAGACCUGGCCCAGAUCCUGAGGAGGGCGGGGAACGCGCUUAGGCUCAGCGUCACGGCACGAGCACAGACGGAGGCGGCAGACGUGGACAUCGACAACCACUUUCCAAAGGGAUCCAGAAGGAGGUCAAAGGACGAGUCAAGGUUUUACACCGUGGAUCUAGAGCGAGGACCCACGGGUUUUGGGUUCUCGCUGAGGGGGGGCAGCGAGUACAACAUGGGGCUGUACGUGCUGGGACUCAUGGAGGGAGGGCCGGCCGAGCGCAGCGACAAGAUGCAGGUGUCGGACCAGCUGGUGGAGAUCAACGGCAACAGCGCGGUGGGAAUGACGCACAGUCAGGCGGUAGAGCAGAUCCGGCGAGGAGGACAUGGCAUCCAUCUGGUCCUGAAGAAAGGAAACGGCUACGUCCCAGAUUACGGCCCUGAGGAAGACUCCUCCGCCCACACCCCCUCACGAGAGGCUGUCACCAUGGCGACCACCCCCCACAGCACACACAGGGGAGGAGGAGGAGGAGGAGACAGGAGAAGGAGGAUGAAGACCAGAGGAAGCAAACCAAGAAGCAGAAGGGGAGGGCCUCCUGAUCUGGACCUGGACCUGGUGGAGGAGGAGGCCAAGGAGGAAGAGAAGAAGAGGAGGAUGAGAGAGGAGAGGAGUGGCAAAAUGAGGGAGGAGGAGGAGGGCGACGCCGAGUAUUGUGGGAGCUCGGCCACUCCUCAGCAAGCGGCCUUCUCCUUCCUGAUGCCGCUGGACGCCGCUCAAGACAGCCAAUCAGACGACAGCCAAUCAGGCACCAGCGUAGCGCAGGCUUCUGAUUGGACGAGAGCUGGGCCGAUGCGGGAAGAGGCUCCGGGCCCCUGGCUGGAGCCCAGCCCACACAACCUCUCGCAGGUUCUGACUGGCCGUCGUCUCAGUGGGCGGGGCCUAGCGGGUGGACUCUCCCUCUGAUAGGAGGAUUUUUUAAUUGUCAUUUUAAGGGCUUUUCUGGCUAAGACCCGCCUCUUCCUGCAUGUGAUUGGACGCUCUGAGGAGGUGGUGGGCGGGACAAGAGGCGUGGCCAAUGACACUUUUAAAAAGCAUAUGCAAAGAACUUGGCUGAACUUUGACCUCAACCCUUCCAAGCAUGUCAUUUUUUUUUAUUUUUCUAAAAGGAAAUAACCUUGAUAUAUGACCACUAUAGAGAAUAGAAACUACUUGCUUGCUUGUGAUGAAAAACCUUUAGAAGUUGAACUAGAGCCAUACACACGUCGCUACGGCGACCACUAUAGCAACAGCCAAGAUGGCCGACGUCCUGCAGCUAAGUGGUAACAAAGUGCCUCGUUGACUUCCCCAGCAAGAUGUCCGCCCCCCAAACCCUCCACUUCCUGUCUCUUUUAUGGCCUGAUGAAACUUUCAACAAAUGAUUAAACAUUUUAAUGCUU